AAUUUACGAAAUGCAGAACGAAGGAAAAGCUGCAAUAUCAUUCUGCAAAUUUCAAGACACAGAAGAAGUUUGUUGUUCUAAACUAGCUGUUGGAGGGCGAGGGUACUCUUCAGAUCUAGAGCCCAUCACCACCUGUCUACUGUAGGAAUUUCCCGCUCUGUUUUUCCUUUGUCGCUGGCGGAAAGCAAGAAUGGCAGCCUCCACCAACCUACCUUGGGUGGAGAAGUACCGUCCUAAAAAGCUUGAUGAUCUCAUUGCUCACGGUGACAUCAUCGCCACUAUUCGUCGUUUUAUGGAGGAGGAUCGUUUGCCACAUUUGCUGCUCUACGGGCCACCGGGUACAGGCAAGACGUCCACCAUUCUAGCGUGCGCUCGCCAGUUAUAUUCAGAGAAGCAGUUUACAUCCAUGGUGCUUGAAUUGAAUGCGUCAGAUGACCGUGGUAUUGGUGUGGUCCGUGGACAGAUUCUCAACUUUGCCAGUACACAGUCCAUUUUCAGCUCCGGUUUCAAACUGGUCAUUCUGGAUGAAGCGGACGCCAUGACUAACGAUGCACAGAACGCCUUGCGAAGAAUUAUCGAGCGGUACACGGAGAAGACACGCUUCUGCCUGGUGUGCAAUUACCUGACGAACAUCAUUCCGGCGCUGCAGUCCCGAUGUACUCGCUUCCGCUUUGGCCCGCUCGCACCGGACCAGAUGGUCUCCCGCUUGGAGUACGUCAUUGGUCAAGAAAGUAUUCGAAUGGCCGAGGAUGGACUGCCUGCAGUCAUGACCUUGGCUGCUGGUGACAUGAGAAAGUCUCUCAACAUUCUGCAGAGCACCUCACUGGCGUUCGAUGUCGUCUCGGAGGACAACGUCUACACAUGCGUCGGUCACCCGCUGCGAGUGGACAUUGUCAACAUUGUCACGUGGAUGCUGAACGAACCCUUCAGCACUGCCUACAGAAAUAUCAUGGAACUGAAGACGCUGAAGGGCCUGGCAUUGCAGGAUAUCCUGCUAGAGAUCCAUGCUUACGUGCAUCGCAUUGAUUUCCCGCAGAACGUUCGAAUUCACCUGCUCUCCAAGAUGGCGGACAUCGAGCACCAGCUAGCAAGCGGUACAUCCGAGCAGCUACAGCUUAGCUCACUGCUCGGUGCAUUCCAGGUCAGCCGUGACCUGGUGGCAGCUGCUGCAACGUAGGUACUAUCCUCACAACCAUGUGUGUAUCUCAUCGGUCAGUACUUAUGCCUGUCUGAACUGUGUUCCGAAACGAAGGCUUUAUGUCAUUCAUACCCUGAUGGGCUGACACCUCAAGUAACUGACUGGUUCUGGCUUUUCGCAGCUGUGGAAAUGGCAGCUGGGAUCACCGGGUGUCGCAGCAUUGAGACAAAGCUGCGUGCGACAACUGCUGCUAUCAGACGCCACAUGGCCAGAAGUUCCCCGUUGCAUUGGUGUCUUUGCUUUGUGAGAUCGGCGCGAGCAGUUGUGGACGAUCGCCGUUGUCUCUUUCUCUGCUCUUGUUCGUGGCUGCUAGCCCAGAGCCUUGGUAGUACUGUAGAGUGCAACUGUGAAAGAUGACACUGCAGGUCCUCUCUACACUGUUAGCUACUACUGCCUUGUACAUUGUCACGGCAUGAAGUGGUGUUGGCAUGGCACCGGUGGUAUGACAUCAUUCCACUCUGAGUGACGUCAUGAUGAUGUCAUGCGUGACAGUGUCCCGGAAGUGAACUAGCAAAGCCAGUGCUGACGUCACUCUUGAGUUCCUUUCUUCUUUUUUUCGCUGACCCGCUGACGUUCUGUCUUUCUGAUCAGUGGCUGGCGUAGUUGUUAGCGUUGGCUGCUUCUUCAGUGCCUAUUUCCAUGUGUGUGUGCGUGUGCGUGUGUGUGUUUUAGUACUGGUGCUGGGCACUUCAGACUUUUCUAUUCCUAUAACGUUGGGCAUGAGAAGAUGUUUUUUUACGAUUUACAAAUCACUAUCCAGGAAAAUGUUGCAUGCUGUAGUACGUUGAUUAGUUUGCUAUAAGCACAACCAUGAAAGGACCUCUCGAAACCGAAAUAUUGUGCUUUUUUAGAGCUUGAUCA